GAGCCGURGGAAGGUCACGUGACACGCAUGUGACAGUCUAGUUUUGUUUUUUGCAAGAAUGGCUGCAGYAGCACGACCUGUGUACUGGCUGGGUAAUGAAACCCUGAGGGUGUCGGCUGCCCUUUUUGCUGAGAACCGUCGGAGAUUGUGUCAGGGGUUGAAAGCUAAAGAAGGUUUGGUGCCAAAGUCUGUGGUGGUGCUGCAGGGAGGGGAGCAGAAKCAGAGGUACUGCACAGACACCGACGUCCUCUUCAGGCAGGAGUCUUUCUUUCACUGGGCWUUUGGAGUGACCGAGCCUGACUGCUAUGGAGCCAUUGAUGUGGACUCUGGGAGAUCCAUUCUUUUUGUUCCUAAACUGCCUGAAAGCUAUGCUACUUGGAUGGGAGAGAUCUUCUCUAAAGACCACUUCAAAACAAAAUAUGCUGUUGAUGAGAUGCACUACACCUGUGAUAUUGCUGAUGUCCUGUCCAACCUGAAUCCUGCAGUUCUCCUCACAUUGCGUGGGCAGAACACUGAUAGUGGGAGCACCACCCGUGAAGCCUCUUUUGAAGGAAUCAGUCGCUUUCAAGUGAACAACACCAUUUUACACCCAGUCAUUGUGGAUUGUCGUGUUGUUAAGACUGAUAUGGAACUGGAGGUCCUGCGCUACACCAACAGGAUUUCCAGUGAUGCCCAUAAACUGAUCAUGAAACAUGUGAAACCUGGACAACAAGAAUAUGAAAUGGAGAGUUUGUUCCAACAUUACUGCUACAGUAAAGGAGGGAUGCGCCACACUUCAUACACCUGUAUCUGUGGAUCAGGCAACAACUCUUCAGUGCUGCAUUACGGUCAUGCUGGGGCUCCAAAUGACAAAACAAUUCAAGAUGGGGACAUGUGUCUGUUUGACAUGGGUGGAGAGUACUACUGCUACUCUUCAGACAUAACCUGCUCCUUUCCAGCCAACGGCAAGUUCACUGCAGACCAGAGGGCGAUCUAUGAGGCAGUUCUGAAAUCCUCCCGUGCUGUUUUGGCUGCCAUAAGACCAGGUGUGAAGUGGUCUGAGAUGCACCGCUUGGCUGACAGAGUUCACCUGGAGGAACUUGUGAAGAUCGGUAUCUUACGUGGUAAUGUUGAGGACAUGAUGAAGGUCCACAUGGGCUCCGUCUUCAUGCCUCAUGGCCUGGGACACCUGCUGGGUAUCGAUGUGCAUGAUGUGGGGGGUUACCCUGAGGGAGUGGAGCGCAUUAACGAGCCUGGACUGAGAAGUCUUCGUAUGGGCCGUCUGGUCCAGGAGCGGAUGGUCCUCACUGUGGAGCCCGGCAUUUACUUCAUCAACCACCUGCUGGACCAGGCCCUGGCUGAUCCUACCCAGAGCUGCUUCAUCGACAAUCAAGUGCUGGCUCGAUUCCGAGGCUUUGGAGGGGUUCGUAUCGAAGACGACAUCGCAGUGACGGCUGAUGGUAUGGAGCUGCUGACCUGUGUCCCUCGCACGGUGGAGGAGAUUGAAGCUUUUAUGUCCGACUCUGCCAAAGCUUUCAGUCCAGUUGUUGAGUAACUAUGAAUAAGAAAUAUCAAAGAAGUCAGAAUUGUGCUACAAAACAGUUAUUACAAUGAUUCCUCAGUAUAAUUAAGGUUAAUGUUCUGCCAACAUAAUCAACAAAAUGAUGAUCAUGGAAUUUUUUUUACAAACCCAAUUAUUAAAACACCCUUGAUCAUUUGAAAAAUACUAACACAUAAAUUUAUGAAAACUUUAUUUGUUUGUCAUAUCAUUCACACCUGAUGUGUUGGCACUUUUACUUUCCUUAAUAUUUUCUUAUGAGUACUGUAAGAGGUACACAUUGAAUGUACUAAAACCAAAGUAUUACACAAGACCAGUGCUGCGACUGAUUCAAAGAUUCACUUAUAUUGCCUGUCAAUUUGAAGCUAGAACAAAAUGUAUUUCACUUUUAUUACUACUGUAACCUCAGCAAASAUUUGUUUAGACCAGAAAUCCUCAAACUAAGGUCCCAGGACCUCCAAGGACCCUAGUUGGAGAACUUCUGGUCUAAACAAAUUUUUAAAAAGCAUAAAUGCAUCUGGGGAACAAUGCACCAGUAAAACUUGAAGGAGUCUCUGGAAAUGUUUCACCCCUGUAAGGGAUCCCUUGACCCAAAAAGUGUGAGAACCCCUGGUUUAGACAAAUACUGUAAAAUAAAUAUUUUAUCCAACUUGAUUAUGUUAGCAGUCAGGGAGGAAAAACUGAGCAUCAUCUCUUUGCCUAGCUAGAUCUGGUUAUAAAAUGUAAUCGUUAUCGAAGAAUAUAAAUACCCAUUUGAGAGGCAACACUGAAAUAACCUGGUGUGCAGUUUUUAUACCAGAAAGGUGUGUUUUCAAUUAAGCAUACUGUGUUUUCACACCUGGUGAAUGGGUUUAACCAACUGAUUCAAAGAGGUUAUUAAACAAUCCAUGGCUUUGAAACAAGAACGUGACUYAUAUUUUUCAGUGUCUUAAUAAGUUCAGUGUUUUCCUAUUUGAUUGUAUUUUCUUGUAAACUGGAAUAAUUUUGAUUUUAGUUUAUAAGCAAUCAUUAAAAAACAUAUAAUGACUGAAUCUCAAAACACAAGGUGUAAGCUUAAACAUUUUUGUAAUUUUCUAAAAAAGAAUAAUAAUAAAAUAAAAACAAUGAA